UGAGCUGACAUGAAUGGAAAGUAUUAUAUCCUUUUUUCAUUUGGUUUACACUAUUCAGCACACUAUUCUGUGCUUUAUAUAUGUUCUUUGUGAAAUGCCCAGCAGAACAUGCCUGUGUGCAAAACAGAAAUACUUUAAUGGGGAUUUCUUUUGUACAUGCAGCUUGAAAAGAGUUGCAUGAGCAGUACACCAGAAUGAGCUGUUUGUUGAUGGAAUCACACCUGUAAUACAAACGUAACGUACCUGUGAAGGUUAAUCUACACUGACGAGAAUGCCUCCAAAUCAUUGGUGCUUUAAUCUGAUUGAAAUUAUACUUUUCCUGGUCCCUGUGAAGACUGCUUUCAGCUCCUGCAGAAAUGAAACAGGUCAUCCUGUUGACUGGUUUGUGCUCUACAAAUUGCCAAGAUACCAGAUAAACAAAACUAGUGGAUCAGGACUGGAUUAUCUGUACUUGGAUCCCACAACAGGUGGCUGGUAUCCUAGCAAAAAUCUUAUAAAUACGACUCAAAGUGCUCUUGGACAAACUUUACAGCAUCUUUAUGAAGCGUAUAAAUCACAGGAAAAUACCACAGCAUACAUGAUGUACAAUGAUGCACCAGUGAAUAAGGCCUACAAUAAAAGAUACGGACACACUAAAGCUUCCUCUUUGGAUAUUGCAUGUAAGAAAAGUGUUUCAUUUGAAACAAUUGAGGGUGAUUUGUCAUCGGAUUCAUUCCAUCAGCAGGAAGGAAAGGAAAAUGGUUCUACUCCUCGGGGGCAGCAAGGACAGAGAAGAAAGAACCUCUACAAAGGGAAGAAAGUCCGUUAA